GGCCGCCAGUUCCUCCACGAGCUGCUCUCUGAUCGCAGACGCCGCGCGCCCGCUUUUCUUCUCGCUUAGGUGAAAAGUCAGCAGCCCGGCGAGCAUCUGGAGACGCGGCAGUGCCUCGCCAGACUUUCCGCGGCCCUCACUCGCCUGCCUUUCAGCUUUCGUGUCUGCCAACUUGCAUCGCAACUGGGUCACACAUACACACGCCGGAAAAGCAGCUGCAGCGAUGCCCGAGAUCGUCAACACGACGACACCGUCAGCCGGCGGCGCGAGAGGAGCACCAGCUAUGCGAGCCGCCGCCAACCAGGCCAAGGCAGCCGUCGGGCCGACGGCCGAGGGGAGAAAUCAGUGCACCAGUGUCACCGAGGUCCGCCUCAGGAAGCAACUGGAUGACUGCGAACGACGCAGGAAGGACCUUGUCAUCCUCAACCAGAAGAUAACCCGUGAAAAUGAAGCGCUACAGAAAAAGUACAGAAGCAUUGCCGCGGAAUUCAAUAACCUGAAGGAAAAUUAUCAGGGCAAAGUGUCAGAUUUCAACAACCUGCAAAGAGCUUCCGAAACCGUGUGCAAGGAGUACGAAAAAUUGGCAGAGCUGUACAAGGUGGAAACAGAAGCCAUGCAGGGAGCAAUCGAAAAGGCGGCAGGGUGGUACAAGGAGAACAGGGCACUAAAACGGCAGAGUGCGUUGAUUGUGCAGAAAUAUUUGCAAGUUUCACCGAAUGGCUUUUCUGAGGAGUUGACGGUCAUUCCAGAAAAUGAGAAUGAUAAGAAGAUUUUUGACGAACUUGACUCCCUCAGGAAGAAUGAAAAAGAUUUAACUUCUGAGAACUCGGUGCUUCAAGUGGAGCUGAACGCCGCCAAGUUGGAAGAAUUUGAGGCGCAAGAAAAGCUGAUUGAGACGAUGGCAAAACUCGAGGAGGAAAAAGCGGAGCGGCAGAAGCUGGCAACGGAAAUCAAGGAACUCGAGAUGCGUUACACAAAUCUGGAGCAGAUGAUGGGCGUCCAAACUCAGGAGUAUCAAAGUUUGAAGCAGAAAUAUGAGGAGGAGAGGAAGCUAAUGAGCAACGUGAAAAAAGAGGCUGACAAGGCGAGAAAAGAACGCAACGUUUUGGCCCACCAGAGUUCAAUUCUCUUGGCCGAUGUUGUCGGCGACGAGAGGCUCAUGAUGCUUCUGCAGGAGGUGGAAAAUCUCAAGGCGAAACUGGAGGAGGAGAGCAGCAAGCACAGCGGGCAAAUCGAUGAAUUGCAGGCCAAAAUCAACGAGCUUCAGGAAGAGGGAAAGAUGGAGGCGUUGGAGGAAAAACUUCGGCUCGCCGAAACUGAACUUGAGUGCGAGCAGAAGAAGAACGCGCGGCUGGAAACGCGGAUAAAGGAUUUGGAAAAUCCGUUGACAACUCCCCUGCCCCCAUCGAUGGCUGGACCACCGCCUCCGCCUCCUCCACCACCUCCACCUGCAAAAAUGCCGCCCCCACCGCCUCCACCACCGGCAGGGAGCCUUGCGCCUAAGGGGUCGCUCAAAAUCACCAGGUCAGAUAAGAAGCAACCGGAGGAUACAAACAACGCCGGAGCUGCGAUUGAUGACGUGAUCAAUCAAAUCAGAGGCGGCAGGUUUACCCUACGGUCAACUGUCAAGAGGAAAGAAGAUAGACCGCUCGUGAAGCAGAACACACAGGCUGUGGACGAAAUGAUGAGCAUUUUGGGCAACAUGAAGAAGAACAAUUUGAGGGCCGCGCUGAAGAAAGCCAAUGCAGACGACUGAUCAUCCGAUUUUAAGUGAUUUUUAAAAAGAAGUGCCUUCUGACCUGAAUAGUUUAUGUAAAAUGUACAUUCACACUCCAUUUUGUACAAAUCCCCGUUUACUUGCCCAAUCGGAUUAUAUUUCCCCGCGCGUAUAAUAGUAACAGACGAGAAUGAAUGAUACUAAAUUAUAUUAUGAAAGAUAAAGUUGCCGGGACGCAUUAGCCAAGUUUUACGGUUUUACGCUUUGAAUCCUAGCUCCUGCCCGGCUGGAUUGAAUAGGCUGCCGCGCUGGAACAUCGCCUGACAAAGGGGCUGGGUUGCGAAAUGCGUCACUCAACCAACAACCCUCCUCCACCGACAUUUCAAUAUCGCGGCCUACCUCAUUCCCACCGAGUGCGUAGUAAUUGGAGCUCCUGUCGAAAUGUCAUGUCAGCUAAUUUUGCUCCGGGCAAUCGUUACAUUAAAUUUUACUUAGUUACCGACUAAAUGUCACCGCGUGCGUCUACCGAGAUCGAAUUGCAUUAACUGCUGUUGCGUGUCAGGAGAGAGUAUGAGAAGUCGUGUAAGAGGAGACUGUGGAGCUGUGAGUUUGGAAUUUGUCCAGGUAUAAUGAAGCAAUUUUAAAUAAAAUAACCUUGAUGUAUUUCUUUUUCAAACUGUUA